GAGGCGUAUGAAGAGUUCAAGUUGAAUGAAGAGGAUGUUGAUGACGAUGAAAUGAAAGAAUCGCAUAAUAAACGGAGCGAAAGCAUAAACUACAGUCGAAGUUGUAACAAUGAACCAGAUAAAGAAGGGUAUGCGGUACCAGUGAAAGGCAUAACUGGAUCUAUAUUGACGAGACUGAAUGCUCGUCAAACGCGACAUCUGGAAUAUGCAGCCGUUGAGGCGUUGAAGAUUGCUGCUAGUGAUAAUAUUCUAGAAAUUGGAUACGGCCGAGGCGAUGGUAUUGGCUACGCAUAUGAGAAGAUUAAAAGUGGUGACGGGAUGAUAUUUUGUACAGAUCGAUCACGGUAUAUGGAAGAAGUUGUACGAAACCGAUUUUAUGUCGAAAUCGUCGAAGAGGGAAAGAUACGACUUGAUCGAGCAAUACAUCUCAGUAAUUUGCCAUACCCAUCGGAUUUCUUCUCAGGCAUUUUCCAUGUGGACACCUAUUAUUUUUGGGGUAAUCAAAUGCGUGAUAUUUGUUGGGAUUUAUGCCGUGUUCUGAAGCCAGGCGGUCGCAUUGUAUGUGCUCUACAACUGAGCAGACUAAGAAAACUUGAAGAAUGGCAUCUAAUAAGCGAACGAUUGUAUAAUCCAAUGCGCUAUUUAUCGGUCUUAGAACUGUCCGGAUUCAUUAAUGUUAAAAUGACCUAUCAUAAAUGCCCGCACGGAACAGGCGACGAGUAUCAGUUGAUAGAGGCCGAGAAACCGCAAGCAGACGAGCGAUAUUUAGAUGCCGACGAACGAAUGAAACAGCUUGAGACUAAUAUUAAACGUGAAAUGUUGGCUAUGCGCAUUCUGAAACAGCAACGACCGCAAUCCGCACAAAACACUGAAGUGUUCGAAUCUGAAGAUUCAUCUCAGUCAUCACCGAAGGAUAAACACACAAAAGCAUAG